GGAUUCUCUCCUUUUAGUGAACAGGUAGCCCUGGUCAGAGCUCAAUGCUCAAUGAAAAAAAUGAAUUCAUGUAGCCAACAAUAAUUGAUUGGGACCGAAGGCUCGGUUUGGUAGAUACUCUCCUUUUGGGUUUUCAGUGGGUUCUAGGCACAUUGUGCAGCUGGUUUACACAUACAAAAUGCAGGAUAUUUGAGGUGAUUUAUUCCAUUCUCAAGAUAACCAUUUGGGUAUAAAUAGAACCCAUCAUCUGGGUUUCUCUUCAUUGCAGUUCCUCUUCUUAUCCAUUACAAUAGGAGGUAUAACUACUGCACAGCACAGGACAAUGAAUACUGGUGGUAGAACAACCAGGAGGACAUGUGACUUUGGGAGGACUUAUGUAGUUAAGCCAAAAGGGAGACACCAGGCUACAAUAGUCUGGUUGCACGGCCUUGGGGACAACGGGUCAAGCUGGGCCCAACUCUUGGAAGCACUUCCUCUCCCAAAUAUUAAAUGGAUAUGCCCAACUGCUCCUACUCGUCCUGUCGCUCUACUGGGUGGAUUCCCUUGUGCUGCAUGGUUCGACGUUGGAGAACUCUCGGAAGACAGUCCAGAUGAUUUUGAAGGUUUAGAUGCUUCAGCAGCCCACAUUGCAAACUUGUUGUCUGGAGAACCUGCUGAUAUUAAACUGGGAGUUGGAGGCUUCAGUAUGGGUGCUGCAACUGCCCUCUACUCCGCAACUUGUUUCGCCCAAGGAAGAUUUACAAAUGGCAACCCUUACCCUGUGAACUUAAGGGCUAUUGUUGGUCUGAGCGGUUGGCUUCCUGGUUCAAGGAGCUUGAGGAACAAGAUAGAAGGAUCACAAGAGGCUGCAAGGCGUGCUGCAUCUUUGCCCAUUUUGCUUUGUCAUGGAAACAGUGAUGAUGUUGUUCCUUACAAAUUUGGAGAGAAAUCGACACAGUUCUUGGGCUCAGCUGGAUUUCGAUAUGUUUCAUUCAAAACCUAUGAUGGGCUCGGUCAUUACACAGUACCGAAAGAGAUGGAUGAAGUAUGCAACUGGCUAAACGGGAGGCUUGGACUUGACGGGUUUCGAUCAUAAACGUGGAAAAGAAGAUUUCCCUUUCUCGCAACAGCUACUGAAGGGUGAAGAACCGGCAAAGAAAUAAAACGAAAGUUUAAAGCAUACAUAAACGUAACGAUUGUGGGGGUGAUAACACAUUUCUAAUCGCGGUUUUGUCUACCGGCCUGACAUGCAAUAAGACUAGGAUAUGUUCUUUCUGUAUUUUGGCGAAUGAAGGUAUUUAGAGCAGAAUUUUUCUGGUUGAUAUUCCACUAUGUAUGAGCGUUUUGUAUUCGUUUUUUGAAUAAUCAAUUGAGAGGGCUAUGGCUUCUUGUAUAUCCACACCUCUCUCUCUCUCUCAAUAUUUUUUUUUUUAUCAAUAUAAUAUAUGCAUUUCACAACC